AUGUCGUACAUACCGACGGUGAGUGUAACGAGUGCUGCGGCAGCAGCCAAUAUGAGUUCUGCCGCUAAUAUGGCUGCCGCUGCAUAUUUCAAGAAUGGAGCGUACGCGGCUGCCGCUCCGCACAUGUCCAGCGCUGCACUGGGAUUUUCCACACCGGCGCAUAAUUUUUUGCCAGGCGGGAUGAGCUAUAUUGGAAACUCGCUGGCUGAUUGCCAGACUGCCGGGAUCACUGCGUGGAACGCCAGUCAAGCUGCA